ACAACUAAAAUAUAAUUAACAUAAGUACAGUUAAAGUUAAAUUAUUCUACAAUAAAUGUGUAAUUGUUAUCGAUACUUUUGAAAAGUUAUCGAAUAUUGUUAUAAAAAAAAAACUGAAAAGUGAGAAAGGAAAAACAUAUUUGUUAACAAUGGUCAGCAGUUCUAUAAAAAUAUCGGAUAAGGAGCCGGUGAAAUAUCCAAAAGCUGUGGGUUUUAUCAUCAGCAAUGAGUUUUGUGAACGUUUCAAUUAUUAUGGCAUGAGAACCAUUUUGGUUCUCUAUCUCACCAGUAAAUUGCACUAUGACAAUGACACUUCAACGGUUUUGUUUCAUGUCUUCACCAUGUUGGUGUAUUUGUGCCCCCUGGUGGGUGCCAUCGUUGCUGACAGUUGGCUGGGCAAAUUUAAGACUAUUCUGUAUUUGUCUAUAGUUUAUGCGAUUGGUGGUAUAAUUGUGGCUUUGGGAGCAGUACCUUCGCUUAAUCUUCCGGUGCAGCCGGCAACUAUACUGGGUCUAGUCCUUAUAGCCAUUGGUACGGGUGGUAUUAAACCCUGCGUUUCUGCUUUUGGAGGCGAUCAAUUUAAGUUACCCGAUCAAGCCAAGCAAUUGGCCACCUUCUUUUCGCUUUUCUAUUUCGCCAUUAAUGCUGGUUCUAUGAUCUCAACCUCGGUGACUCCCAUCCUUCGAGAAGAUGUUCAUUGUUUUGGCGAUAAAGACUGUUUCUCUUUGGCAUUUGGAGUCCCCGCCAUUUUGAUGUUGCUCUCUGUUAUAAUCUUUAUAGCCGGCAAGAAACUGUAUGUUAUGAAACCCCCAGCCGGUAACAUGAUAUUUGGAGUCUCUCAGUGUAUAUCCCAUGCCAUAGGCGGAUGGAGAAGGGAGCGUAAGACUAGUCCACGCAAGCACUGGUUAGAUUAUGCUGAACCUAAAGUGGGACAGAAAAUGGUAUCCGACACCAAGACCUUGUUGAAGAUUUUGGUAUUAUUUUUACCCUUCCCCGUAUUCUGGGCUCUAUUCGAUCAACAGGGUUCCCGUUGGACAUUCCAGGCCACUCGUAUGGAUGGUGAAUUGUGGGGUUUCACAAUUAAACCGGAUCAAAUGCAGGUCAUUAAUCCUUUACUGAUUUUGGGUUUUAUACCAAUAUUUGAUUAUGUUAUAUACCCACUUCUAUCCAUAAUUGGCAUAAGAAGACCUUUACAAAAACUAACAUUGGGAGGUCUUUUGGCAGCAGUGGCUUUUAUAUUGUCAGCAUUUGUGGAAUUAAAACUUGAAGCUUUGGAACCGGUUCUACCCACCGGCAUGACUUCCCAGCUUAGAAUUUAUAAUGGCAUGCCUUGUCACUACAGCUUCAAUACCGAACUACCUCUCAGUGAUAUGAAAAAAGACAACCAUUUCCCUUCAUUGGGCUUGUGGCAAGAAAAUGAAAUAAUGGCUCCCCUGCAAAUGGCCUACAAAUUUGAUGCCACUGCCGUUGAUUCGAAUUGCCCUAGUGUAUCGGGCAAUAUUAAUGUGGUGCCCGGAAAAGCAGUCAGUUAUUUUAUCGCCAAUGACCGCAUGCAUGAAUUUGAAGAUAAACCCGAGAAACCUAAUUUAGGUAAUCCCAUUGUCAGAGUACUGCUUAAUAUACCCGCCAGUGAGGGUAAUUUCAGUUUGCAUGAUUCCAGUGAUCUUAAGACGGCUUUAUCUUCGUAUAACACUUCGCAGGCGAUAACUGUGGCAAGAGGCAAUGUGAUAUUGUCGUUAAAUGAUGUGCCUCUAACAAAUGUUACGGCUAGAGCUGGUGGAGUUUAUGUAUUGUUGGUCAAUGGAAAUAAUAAAGAAGGAUUUAAUUAUCAAACUCAUGUAGUAACGGAGCCCAAUUCUGUACAUAUGAUGUGGCAGUUGCCUCAAAUUAUUGUCAUAACAGCAGCUGAAAUUAUGUUCUCCAUCACCGGUUUAGAGUUCUCAUUCACGCAAGCACCACAGUCCAUGAAAUCGGUAUUGCAGGCAUGCUGGCUGCUCUCAGUAGCCAUAGGCAACAUGUUGGUAGUGGUAAUAGCUGAACUAAAAUUCUUUGAAUCUCAGGCCGCUGAAUUUGCCCUGUUUGCCGCUCUUAUGGUAAUUGAUAUGUUUAUCUUCAUGUUACUGGCCAUGCGUUAUAAGUAUGUAGAACAUGAAGACGAUGCCGAAAAUCCUGCACUACCACCAGCCACCUCAUCGUCUACGGCCUCUACCGAUGAGUGUCAAUGUACUGAACCUUCAUCUUCGUCAGAUGAGAAUAAUACUAAAGAGCCUAGAGCAAAUAUUACCAAGGAAUCCAUAAAGAAUGGUAUUACCAAUGAGGCUUAUGUCUAUAUGGAUGAAAAGUAAUGAAUAUGGAAUGUGUUAUAGUUUUUAGUAAAGCAAAAGAAAAGGUUCUCUGUGAUGUACUUAUUUUUUUGAAUGUUGUGAAUUUAUUCUAUAUUUUUUUUUUGUAACCAUUCUGUCCCUUUAGUUUUUAAAUGAUUUUCAAAGAGUUUUUCAAAAAUCUUGUGGAAAUCAAGUUAAACAUAAACUUUGUUACUUUCUUAGCUUUUGUAUUAUUUAUCUAUUUGUUAUUAUUUUAGUUUUCUUCAUCUUUUCUUGUAAUAUUUAUCUACUCAACUGUUUUAAAACUUUUUGUUAACAAAUUUCAUGUAAAUUUUAUUACAUUUGUCUAAUUUUGUUAUACAAAUUCAUUAUCUUUGUUUUUAGUUUAAGCUUUCAUAAAUGUAUAUUUUUGUAAAAUAUUUUAUCUAAUAAUAAUUAAGGGGACAUUCACAGUUUUAUUGGGUUAGUUUGAGGCAUAAAAUAACUUGGCUAAUGGUUAUUGUAUCUAGAAAAAGAGUUGCAGUAUUUAAAAAUAUCUGUUUUAAGCCUUACAAAUAUUUUAUUUUAUGAUAUUUUCGGCUGUAGUCAAAGAAACUGUGAGUGCCUCUAAGGAUUUCUCUUGUCGUAAUCUCUUUUAUUAUAGUCAAUUAAUAUACAAGUCUGUGUAAAAUAUAUUUUUUGUAUAAUUUAAGUCAUUUUCUUUUUAAUAAAAAUAAAUAAAUUAAUUAAACAAUUUUAAAAAAGUUUAAUAAUAAAAAUAUGUAUA